CCGAACUGGACUGUGAUUACAAGAAAGGGCAGGUAUCCUUCUAUGGAAGGUGAUACAGCCUUCGUUUACGUGGAACCGAAAAUGGGGUCAACGUUCGGAUGAGUCAAAGGGGCCUCGACAAGUUGCACGUUUUAAUAUUCUCACAGAGUGAGGGAAGUAACCAGGUAUGUAAGUCUUCUAUUGAUGCACGGGGCAAAGAGGGCGUCAAGAUUACUUUCAGUCGAUCAUCUAUAAAAUACAGUGCACUCCUCACCUCCGCUCUCACUUUUAUUCCUUCCUCUCGGCCAUCGGAUCCACGCGUGUGCAGGCAUACAACAAUUUAGCCAUCGACCUCAGACUAGACUUUCUUGCGACAACUCCUUUCGUUCUAACUCACUCUUUAACACUGCCAUAGAAGUUUUACUAGCAGUCUAGAUGGACAACGGUCUCAUCCAAAGCAGUUCCACUUCAGGUGUUCCGAACAAGUUAUCUAUCUCGCUUGACUUUGGUAGCACCAGCACCUCUGUGGACACCAGUGGCAACCGAUGGUCGCCUGUCGUCUCGCCAAAGUCAGCAUUGACCUUUGCAGCGGUAUGGGACCCAGAUGACGGCAUGGUGACAUUUUCCGGAACACACUUACUCGAUUCAAGCGACGAAUAUGACAGUUCCUCAGGAGCUAUUACUCCUCCUGACGUUUCGGACGAUGAUUUUCCUCAGACUGUUGCAGCCGACCACGACGGAUAUACUACAUCAGAAGAGAAUACUGCAGCUACUAUUGGAACAUUCCAAGAUUCGUUCAAAGCCUUCCUCCAUCGUGUUCCGCGGAGUUCAAAGUUUUGCAAGCGACAUAAACACUCCAAUACGGUGACAUCCUCGACGUUGGACGGACUAGACGUAUACUCGCGAGACCCUAUUGUACGGCCAUCACGCCGGUACCCAUCUUUUGAUAAGCUCAACACAGAACUCUCAUGCAAGGCGCAGGCUGACCAAUCAGAUCUUGUGUCAGAUGAGGGUUUCUUCGAAAAUAUACCAGUCAUUACAAAACACACAGAAUUGAAAUCACACUGGUCCGUCACGACUACCUCGACAUCUGCCUAUGUCGAUGUCCCACGUGUGGAACAAAAGACUCCUGAGAGUCGUGUACCACAUCCGCUAUGGAUAGCGGACACAUACCAGCCAACUUUUAACCUCGCCACUCCCCCAAAUAGUCCGCGCCGACGCCUGAAAAAACGCCGCCCUAGUGAAUGUCCAACUCCAGUUUCUCCGAUUUCAUAUAGCAGCAGCUCAGGUUCGACAAGUCCAAUUUCCACUAGUACUUCCUCCACCCCGACAUCGCCUUCACGUAGCCUCAAGUCCAAAAAAUCUCGUCGUUUUACAAAAGCGUCAACCGACGACAGCUGGGUCUCUAUUGAAAUAACUCCAUUCAUUACCCAACGGGUCGUCGAGGAGAUGUGAGGGUCUUCGGUGCCCUUCUUGGCGCUUCUCUGGCCCGAGUUCGACGUAUUGUAUACACUAUUUUGUGGUUUACCCUCCUUUUA